CUUUUCCUCACUCUUGUUUUGAUUUCAGAUGUUGAUUCUUAGUGCUAUAUACAUAUAUCUCACAUAUAUAUGCAAUCUAAUUGAGCUACAGGUUCUAGUACUUUCUAAACCCUAGAGCAUUUAUGUUUCCUCGUUUAAUUUGAUUUCGUGCAUCGCUGCUUAGUUCUAGCUUUUGAGUUUCGAAUUAUUUAAUUGAUGUAUAGUGUAUUCGUUUCUAAUUUCCCGCUAAUCGUAUUUUGUUCAAGUGAUUCGAGUAAGUAAUGUGCUGUACAAAAAAAAAUAAAGAAAUUGCAAGUGCAUCUAAGUCAAUGCCAUGAGUUGCUCUCGCGUUAUAUUGUGGAUAAUUGAUACUACUUUAGUAAUCGAAGAGGUAUAGAGAUAAUUGGUUAGUCUUGGGAGGUAUUUGAUUUGAUUUAAGUCUGUGGAUAAUUUCCUGCAUUUUGGACGUUUAGUUUGCAUGAUGGAUUUUAGGUUGUGAAAAAUUUGUUUUAAAGUACGAUAGUUCCAAUAUGUUGUGAUGUUUAUCCCCUUUCUUUAUCUUUGUUUGAUUUAAACAUAUGAGAAUUGUCUUUGAAUUGACCGGAAUCUUUUUUGUUAUGUAUUCAUAGCUUGUGAAGUUUUCCAUCUUUUUUCCUAUUGUGUAUGUUGGUAUUACAUAUUAGUCAUUCAUUUCUAGCAGUCCUAUUGGGAAAAACACAAGAAUUUUUGUAGCACGUAUUGGGAAAUUGAUGUCUUAUAGCAAGGAAUAUGAAAUUGAGUUCUAUUUUUGGUGAUUUGUAUAGUUUUUGACUGGGAUAGUGUUGUGUACGUCUGUACAGGAGAAAAGAACUGAAGGAUGAAAUGAACUAAAGCGUUUUGUUCUUAAUUGGUUAGGAGUUAAGACAAAUGGAUAAUAUGCAGUAUGCUGAAGAGUUAGUGAGAGAGUAUCUUGUCUUUAGAGGGUUUACAAGUACUCUGCAGACUUUUGAGAAAGAGUUGAGCACUGAUAUUGGCAAAGGAUUUCAAGUGGAUAAGAUAUUAGAUUUGAUAUUUUCGGUUUAUAUUCCUAAAUUUCAGGUGGAGAACUUGAUUGGUCUGCUAAGAUUCUUCAAGCAGUGCUUUUCUUCUUUUGAAGCAGUCCUAACUACUGCAUUGGCAAAGAUAGAGGUCUCUAUUUUGAAGUAUUACAUCAUCCAUGCCGUACAAUUCGGAAGAACUGAUAAAGUUGUAGAGUUUUUUGAAUUGAACGGUAAUGACUUGUUGCAGAGUAAUGAGGACUGGACUUCGUGGUUUGCCAUCCCUUAUCUUAAGAACCCAAGCUCCGAUCCCAGCUUUCACAUAUAUUUUUCAAAGGAGUGGUUUGACGCCUUGCAUCUUUCUGUCAGGAACUUCUUGUGUGAGAUAUUUAAUGGCACUCGCAUUCCAGCUUUGUUGAGGAUCAGUUCUGAAAGAAAUACUGUUAAAAGUUUAAAAAAUAAUAUCAAGCAUCUUAAUCUCAAACUGUCAGAACUUCAAGCGUUGCUUGAGGAAAAAGAAACUCGGUUAUCAUCUUCACUGAGCAGGACACUAACGACCAAGGAAGUAAAUGUGGAUGAAGAUGUCACUUCACCAUCUAUAAGUGGUCAAGAAGCUUAUACGCCGGAUUCUCUGGAUGCUGGUGGAAAUGAGUUUAAUCAGGAUAUAGAUGUUCAGAAGUCAAGCAGUGCUCAUGGUUCAGGCUUGAGAACUAGUGAUGUUGGUUAUGGCGGGGAGGAUUUUGAGAAAGAAAUACAUCGAGAAGAAGAUUUUCCAGAGGUGAAAGUGGUGUUUCAGGAGACUUUCCUAGGUCACACAAGUCCCAUUAGUCGAUGCCGCUUUUCUGCAUCUGGAGACAACAUUGCAAGUGCUUCCAUAGAUGGCACAGUCAGGAUUUGGACAUAUGACUCAGCAACGCCAGUAUCAAGAAGUGCAACCAUUUAUUGUGGGGCAGAGAUCAUGUCACUUGAAUGGGAUUGUAAAUCUGACCGCUUGCUUUUAAUAGGCACUGCUGAUGGGGGCAUCAAAGCAUGGAAUGCUGAUGCAAAAAGAGUUGUUUGUGAUCUUAGUACGACUGCAGCAUACCCAAGUGUUGUGGACUUGAAGUGCAGUCCUGUUGAACCAAUUUUUGUCUCUGCAGCAGCAUCCAGAGGGCAGGGCACAGAUACUAUUUCAAAAUUGGGAUGUGCAUCAUUGACUGUUUGGAACAUGAGGACUUGGAAGGCCAUGACAGUCCUGCCUCUUGGUGAAGAUCCACCAGCAAUUACUUCAUUAUGCUUUAACCACAAUGGGAAGAUCUUAGCAGCUGCUGCAAGUGAUGGAAUGAUUCAUAUGUUUGAUAUGUCUGCUGGUUUGCAAAUUACCGGAUGGCCAGCUCAUGAUUCUGCUAUAAGCUCUGUUCUUUUUGGGCCUGACGAAACUAGCAUAUUUAGCCUGGGAUUAGAUGGCAAGAUAUAUGAAUGGAGCUUGCAAAGUCCUGGUAAAGUUCUUUGGUCAAGAAAUUGCAACAGGUUUUGUAACCCCCAAAAUUCAGUACAACCUAGACAUGAAAUGGCUCUGGAUGCUAAUGGGAGAAGGCUUUUGGUGACAUCUGGUUCAGUUAGAGCACCGAUAUAUCAGGUUCGCGCUUAUAUGAAUGGGCUGAGAACUCUUCCUCAUAGUGCGGCGAUAACCACUGUAGAUUGGCACCCAACCUUGCCUAUCUUUUUGACGGGGUCAGCCGAUAAUUCAGUACGAGUCACAUCUAUAUCAUAAUGGCUUCUAUUCCCAGUAUUAGUAGGUUUACCUUCUAUUGGUUGUCAGCUUCCGGUUUGCAUAGGAAAUCAUCUCAAUGUAAUACCAGUAGUUUAAAAAUGAUGGAAUUAGUAAUUCACACGGUCAUGUUACGUUUCUUGAAUUUUCAAAUGUUCACAAAACUAUAGAAGUCAUAUAACAAUCCAAAGAGCUUCAUUUUAUAGAACAGGAAGGUUUAGGUGGUUGGAAGAAGAAAGCUUACCUUGAAAGAAAACAUAUAUUAAUGUCUUUUUCUUGUACGAGGAAUUCAUUGGAAUUUUAUAUUUCAUAUGGUCUUCUCCUAUCUAUAACAAAUCUGUUUUACAUGCA